AGGGACACAACCCAACGUAACACCGGAUACUUCGCGUUUGUUGACAAAUCAAGCUAGCGUCUGCUCGGUGAUAUGAAAUUGUUUCGUGCUGUUUAAAAAAGCAUUUGUACUAAAUGAGCUCUCCGGGUGAUAAACACGGCACAAAACGACCAGCUUCUCCGUCAGAUGAUGGGUCCACACAGUGGGAAGCAGCUGAUCUGGGAAGCAAUGAGAGAAAGCAAAAGUUUUUACGACUGAUGGGUGCAAGCAAGAAAGAACACACUGGGCGUCUGGUCAUUGGAGACCACAAGUCAACGUCCCAUUUCCGUACUGGGCAGGAAGACAGGAAGAUGAAUGAAGAGCUGGAGAUGCAGUAUCAGCAGGGCAUGGAUGGAAAGCUGUCUGGAAGGAACCGGAGACAUUGUGGUCUGGGUUUCAGUGAGCCCGAACCACAGCCAGAGUCCUUGAACGUCCCAGCUGUGGACGGUCAGACAGACGUCACUGAGCCCGAGAAGUCCAGAGGUGAAGAAUGUCCCACAGAAGCUCAGGACAAACACCCCCAUCACAGUCCCACAGAAAAGACACCAGAACAUAGAAAGCACGGCUCAGACGAGGAGCACAAACACGAUCAUAAGGUGGCUUUUGUAAAACCUUUGUAGGUCGAGGUGUCGGGAAACAGCAGAGGGAAGUGUUUUACUCUCACAUCAGGACAUUCUCCAGAACUUGUCCAGGUGGAUACUGCUGUGGGAGAAUGAGGUGUUUGGGUGGCAACCUUUCUUUUGUUCAUGAUCAUGUGUUGUAAAGCAGUGUUAAAAUGGCAGAAGUAGUGUUUUUUUAUUCAGGCGGAACAUUUUAACGGUCACUGAUUCUGCCUGGAGGCUUUUCCACACGAGACCGGAUUAGCUGCCGUCCAGCAUGUGUGUAGACGUGAGUUUUGUAACUUCAUUUCAAAACCAAUAAAAAGGAGUUCAGAUGGUUGCUGAUGAAA